CUACGACAAUGGCUGCUUCUGAAAAUUCUGACGGACAAGAAAUAAGAAAGGCAUUGUUUCGUUCGCCUGCCCAUGAAGAAGUUCAUGAAUCUGGAUCCUCCGUUACAGAAACCCUAAUCAACAAGGUGAUGAUCGAUUAUGACAUCGAAAGCAGCCUCAAGGGAUUGCAGAAAGAUCUGCAUGACCAAAGACUGAAACAGCUCAAAGGCAAAUUGAAGGACAUCGCUGAAGACAACUGGAGAUAUCCCUCCAUUGAUAAACUGAUUGGAAUACAGACUUGAGAACAUGGAUGGCUGGCUGUCACUGCAGUUACAGAAUAUGGACACUGCCAACUUGUUACAAUAGAGUUACAAGAACUUUCAUAAAGGCAGGAUUUAUUUUAAGGAAUACAAGACAGUUGGGGAUUGAUAUUUGAUGGAAUGCUGACUUUUGUACAAGUAAACAGGGAAACUAGCAGAUCUUUUAUGUUACAUCAGUUCUAAAGAACAUAAUGCUUUGAUGUGGAUGGACAUUGAUGUCCAUUGACUGUUCCCUUAGGAUCUGAUCAGGAGUGACCUUCUGUUGUAAUGAUCUUGCAAGGACAAGAGUUGUCUUUUUUUCAGUAUUUACUUAGUGAAUUGUGCUAAAUUGUCGAUAGUUUUGCAUAGUAAAAUAAAAGUAAUAUAUUUUUUAAAUCAAUUUGUUAAGACACGGUCAGAGCAAUUUUUAGCUUCCUCCUUCA